UAGGAAUUUUAGGAAUCCCACAUGGCAUGCAGCAAGCAUCAGGUGAGAUCGAGGGGCUUCCAACAACAAUGGCUGGCUUGUCUAUUUAUUGUUUUUCUAACGUUCCCCUCAGUUAAUGUUGGUGACUACAUUCAGGCUGUGCUGGACCGGAACCUGGCCGAGAACAUCUCCCGGGUCCUCUAUCCCAAUGAUAACUUUUUUGAAGGGAAGGAGCUAAGAUUGAAGCAGGAGUACUUUGUGGUGGCUGCUACCUUGCAAGAUAUCAUCCGACGUUUCAAAGCCUCCAAGUUUGGCUCCACCGAGAGUGCAGGAAUUGCAUUUGAUGCCUUUCCGGAUCAGGUGGCCAUCCAGCUGAAUGACACCCACCCUGCACUUGCCAUCCCUGAGCUGAUGAGGAUUUUCGUGGAUAUUGAAAAAUUGCCCUGGUCUAAGGCAUGGGAGAUCACCCAGAAGACCUUCGCAUACACUAACCACACAGUGCUGCCAGAAGCCCUGGAGCGCUGGCCAGUGCAGCUGGUGGAGAAGUUGCUUCCUCGACAUUUGCAAAUCAUUUAUGAGAUAAAUCAGAAGCAUUUAGAUAGAAUUGCAGCUUUGUUUCCUAAAGAUGUCGACCGUCUGAGAAGAAUGUCUCUGAUAGAAGAGGAUGGAGGCAAAAGGAUCAACAUGGCCCAUCUCUGCAUUGUGGGCUCCCACACUGUGAAUGGCGUGGCUAAAAUCCACUCAGACAUCGUGAAGAAGGAAGUAUUCAAGGACUUCAGUGAGCUAGAACCAGACAAGUUUCAGAAUAAAACCAAUGGGAUCACUCCACGGCGCUGGCUCUUACUCUGCAACCCGGGGCUUGCAGAGCUGAUAGCAGAGAAAAUCGGGGAAGACUACGUGAAAGACUUGAGCCAGCUGACGAAGCUCCACGGCUUCCUGGGUGACGAUGUCUUCCUCCGGGAAAUAGCCAACGUGAAGCAGGAGAAUAAGCUGAAGUUCUCUCGGUUCCUGGAGAAGGAGUACAAAGUGAAGAUUAACCCCUCGUCCAUGUUCGACGUCCACGUGAAGAGGAUCCACGAGUACAAGCGGCAGCUCCUGAACUGCCUGCACGUGGUCACCAUGUACAACCGCAUUAAGAAAGACCCUAAGAAGUUAUUCGUGCCAAGGACAGUUAUCAUCGGUGGCAAAGCUGCCCCGGGAUAUCACAUGGCCAAAAUGAUCAUAAAGUUGAUCACCUCAGUGGCAGAUGUGGUGAACAAUGACCCCAUGGUUGGAAACAAGUUGAAAGUCAUCUUCUUGGAGAACUACAGGGUGUCUCUUGCUGAAAAAGUCAUUCCAGCCACAGAUCUGUCAGAGCAGAUCUCCACUGCAGGCACUGAAGCCUCAGGGACAGGCAACAUGAAGUUCAUGCUGAAUGGGGCCCUGACCAUCGGGACCAUGGAUGGGGCCAAUGUGGAAAUGGCAGAGGAAGCUGGGGAAGAGAACCUGUUCAUCUUUGGCAUGAGGGUCGAUGAUGUGGCUGCUUUGGACAAGAAAGGGUACAAGGCAAAAGAAUAUUACGAGGCAAUUCCUGAGCUGAAGCUGGUCAUUGAUCAGAUUGACAAUGGCUUCUUUUCUCCCAAGCAGCCUGACCUCUUCAAAGACAUCAUCAACAUGCUAUUUUAUCAUGACAGAUUUAAGGUCUUUGCAGACUACGAAGCCUAUGUCAAGUGUCAAGAAAAAGUCAGUCAGCUGUACAUGAAUCCAAAGGCCUGGAACAUGAUGGUACUCAAAAACAUAGCCGCCUCGGGGAAAUUCUCCAGCGACCGAACAAUUAAGGAAUACGCCAGGGACAUCUGGAACAUGGAGCCUUCGGAUCUAAAGAUUUCCCUGUCCAAUGAGUCUAGCAGUGGGGUGAACAAAGCCAAUGGAAAUUGAAUUCUAAAAUGCCUCUAGAAAAAAAUAGCUUCUUACUGAACUUGAA